CCAGCUCGCGUGAUCAACUGAUAAGAGUAUAACCAGUAAAGCACCUGCUAAUUUUCCACGACGGCCAUUGCCCCUCCCUUUUAUCUACAGAUUAAUUAUUUUAGAGCAGAUGGCAGCCAGCUUGACAACAAUUACGAAUAUAUCUCAGCUAACGGAACUGAAGGAGCUACAUCUGAUAGAUUGGCCCAAACACUGUGUGGGCUUCUUUUGGCUGGACAACUACUUGCGCUGGCUGGCAAAGAACCCUGGCAUGAAGUACUUAACUUUCUACACACUCGACGCGAAUUGGCGCCGCGAUGGACUCUUCCUGUUGGUGCACCGUUAUCAAUUGUUCUUCAGCAAUCUGAGCAGGCAAAAGACACCUGAAUUACUGACAGCCUUGACCCUGAUGGACUGGACACGUGGCUACAAAGUGAGCGCCAUCCACGAGACGCAUCACGGCAUCUACAAGCAGCUGCUAAAGGAGCAUCAUCUGUGCAUGGAUCGCGAAAUGAAGACCAUUAUGUAUCGACUGCCCUGCGAGCAGGCCAAAGCGCUGCAAUUCAGCUGCCCGUCGGGUUACUUCUUGGACAAUGUGCGGCUCGAGCAUGCAGAGCUCAUCAAUGAGCUGUGGUCAGCUAAGCAUACGGGCUCACUGAAGCUCAUCCAGCUGCUGAUCGAGAUGAAUACCAAUGUGGGACUGUAUGAUCAGGCAACUGGGCAACUAUGCGCCUGGUGUUUAAGACUGCAGAGCGGCUUUCUGGGCGCACUCGAGGUGCUGCACACGCAUCAGCGUCGUGGACUGGGCCUCGUUGUGGCUGCUGCCAUAGCCAAGCGCAUAGCGAACGACUUGAAUCAUGAUGUGACCGCUCUGGUUAAUCUAAAUAAUGCAGCUGCUUGCAAAGUGUUUGCCAAAUUGGGAUUUAUGCUAAUUGAAGGAGAGCAUUAUUACUGGAGCAUGUGCUUGCCCACGGAAGGGGGCUCUAUUAAUUGGCGACUAAGCGAAUGAGUGAAUGGGCAGACAGAAUGUA